GUCGACUGUUCACAUAUAAUUACACAUACAAGUACUGCAUAUGUCAAUCGUAUCCGUAGCUGCUCUGUCUUGAUUCUAAAAUUGAAUUGAAAUCUGACAACAAAACUUAAUAAAAUACAAACAUAAAUGCAUUUUUCUUUUAGUUACAAACAGUACAAGUUAUAGGUUCCAUGGCAUUUCCACUAAACGAUCAGAUUUAUACAAAAUCUUUUACACCUAGAGAAUACCAAGUAGAAUUGUUUUAUGCAGCAAGAGACAAAAAUAUUAUUGUCUGUCUAGGAAAAAGUUAUGAACAAACUUUUAUAGUUAUAAAAUUGAUUCAAGAAUUUGCUGCGAACAAUAGAAGGCCACUAAGUGAAGGAGGAAAACGUUCAUUGUACAUAUUAACAGAUGAGGAAAAAUGUAUUAUAAAAGCAAGUUACAUACAACAAUUGACAGAUUUAAAAGUAUUAAUGUAUACUGCUUGUUCAUCCAACGAAUUUGUAGACAAAUUUGAAACUUCUCAUGUACUAGUUUUAACAUCUGAAGUAUGUACAAAAUUAUUGGCUGAGAAAAAAAUUUUACCACAUCAGAUAAAUCUAGUCAUAGUUGAUGAGUGCCAUAAAUUUAUAAAUGAUAAUAAAUUAAAAUUUAUUUUGCAAACUUUUCUAUCUUGCACUGAUGUUCCUAGAAUUAUAGGAUUAGCUGUACCAUUGUUUAAUUUAACACAAGAACCUGGGAGACUAGGUUUAGAAAUAGAAAAAGUAGAAACCACAUUUCAGUGCGAAGUUGAAACAGCUAGUGAUAUAUUAUCUAUAUUAAGGUAUAGUCCUAAGGCUAAAGAAUACAUAGUGGAAUAUUGUAAUGGUGAAAAAGGAGAGUUACACAUUACUAUUAAAAAUUAUAUAUUACAUGCUAUUGAAUUUUUACGCGAUCAUCGUCAUGAUCCAACAGAAAUUUAUAAUGAAGAGUUUUAUGAGGAUAUUCAAAAAAUACCUGAUCCUACAGAGAAGCCCUUUGAAAUGAUGCAAGACUUUUUACAUGUAUUAGAAACUCUUGGACCAUGGUGUGCCGAUCGUGCCGCACUUGCUCUUUUGAUAUUAACAGAAAAAUUGAAAAUAAAAACCCCUUAUGAAAGGCAUUAUUUAUUAUUGAACAUGGUCGCAUCAGUUUUUAUGAAGAUACGAGCUUUGUGCGAUAAUGCAUUUGAAAUUUUGUCUGAUAAAGAGAGGAUAUAUAAGUAUACUACUCCAAAAGUUCAUAGAUUAUUGCAAGUCUUGAAAACCUAUACACCAUAUUAUAACAAGGAUGUCAAAAAUUCUGAUAGUAAAAUAAAUGGUGAAAAUAGUUCUCAAAAAUUACAUGUAAAUAACAGAGAAAAUUAUAUUAGAGAUAAAUUUAUUCAUGGUAGGAAAGGUAAUGAAGAAAAUGAUAAAAGACCAUUUAAAUUUCAAAGACAUAUGCGUGGAGCUACGGAUCCUGAUUUACUCUGUGGAGUAAUCUUUGUAGAUAAAGGAUUUGUAGCAAAGGUUCUGUUUUAUUUAUUAAAUGAAAUAUCUGCACAUGAUGAAGAUUUAGAAUUUUUAUCGCCUCUUUAUACGAUUGAAAGGAAUACAGAUGAUGUCAGUUAUUCAAAAGAUUUAGAAAUAGAACACAAAAAACAAGAAGAAGUUUUGAAAAAAUUUAGGAUACAUGAAUGUAAUUUAUUAAUUUCAACUUCCAUUUUAGAAGAAGGCAUUGAUAUUCCAAAAUGUAACUUUGUAAUGAGAUAUGAUUUUCCAAAAACGUAUCAGUCCUAUGUACAAUGUAAAAGUCGAGCUAGAGCUAUAGAUGCCUUACAUGUAUUAUUAGUACCAAAAGAAACGUCAAAGGAGUGCAUAUGGCAAUUAGCACAGUAUCAUUAUAUAGAAAAGACUUUGUUAAUAAAGUGUUCUAAUAACGAACCAUCUGAAGAAGAAGAAAACGAAGCAGACAUGUAUGCUGCUAUGAUACCACACUAUAAACCGCUCAGUGAAGAUGAUGCACCUAAAGUAACGUUUAAUUCUGCUAUAUCAUUGGUAAACAGAUACUGUGCCAAAUUACCUAGUGAUACUUUUACAAGACUAACUCCAGAGUGGUCUAUUGAGCAGAUAAAUUCAGACAAUAUGCCUAUGUAUGUCUGUUCUUUACGGUUACCUAUAAAUUCUCCAGUGAAAUAUGCUGUAUCGUCAUAUCCUAUGCCUAAUAGAGCUAUGGCAAGACGAAUGGCUGCCUUGCAAUUAUGUAUUGAUUUACACAGAAAGAAUGAAAUAGAUGAUAAUUUACUACCUAUUGGGAAGGAAAAUUUUAAAGCUAAACCAGAAGAUGCAGAAGUACCCGCUUUACCAGAUGAAAUUAAAGUAGAUUUUUCUGAAGCUCGACCUGGAACAACUAAACGGAGACAAUAUUAUUAUAAAAAGACAGCUAACGCGUUAACAGAUUGUAGACCAAUAGUCGGAGCUCCUUCUUAUCUGUAUCAUAUUAAUAUGGUUCUAAGUUGUGCCUUACCUGAAGAACAAAAUACCAGAGGUCGGCGGAUAUAUCCUCCUGAAGAAUCAGCUAUUGGUUUUGGUAUUAUAACACUGAAAGAAAUUCCUAAAUUAUGUCCAUUCCCUAUUUACACCAGAUCAGGAGAAGUGCAUGUACAGUUGAAACUCAGUAAAUGCACCGUAGUUUUAAAUGAAAUACAAAUAGAAAAAAUUUCCACCUUCCUUAAUUAUACUUUUACAAAUGUAUUACGGUUGCAACAAUAUUUAAUGCUUUUUGAUCCUAAUGCUUCAGAGAACUCGUAUAUGAUUGUACCUGUAAAAUUAGAUACUGAGUCUGACGUCACUGUAGACUGGGAAUUUUUGGAAUGUAUAUACAACAAUCGAACUACAGUGCCAACUAAGGUUCCGGAGGAGGAUAGAAAAGACUUUAAAUUUGAUGCAUCAAAGUAUCAGGAUGCAGUAAUUAUGCCUUGGUAUAGAAAUCAAGACCAACCUCAGUAUUUUUAUGUUGCUGAAAUUUGCACAAACUUAAAUCCUAAAUCUUCCUUUCCUGGCGACGAUUAUAGUACCUUCGAAGAAUAUUAUUUUAAGAAAUAUGAAAUACAAAUACAAAAUUUAGAUCAACCUCUGUUAGACGUGGAUCACACAUCAGCUAGAUUAAACUUUCUAACACCCAGGUAUGUCAACCGGAAAGGUGUUGCUUUACCUACAAGUAGCGAGGAAACCAAACGAGCAAAACGAGAAAAUUUAGAACAGAAGCAGAUUCUUGUAGCCGAGUUGUGUGCAAUUCAUCCGUUUCCUGCAUCAUUAUGGAGACAAGCAGUUUGUCUACCAUGUAUUUUAUAUAGAAUUAAUGCCUUAUUACUUGCCAAUCAAAUACGAUGUCAAGUUGCACAAAUGAUAAAUUUAGGACAACAAAAUUUAGCUCCUGAUUUUGAGUGGCCAGCAUUAGACUUUGGCUGGAGUUUAGCAGAAGUUCUAAAGAAGUCCAAAGAAUCUGAAAAAACGAAGGUGGCUAAAACUGAAACUACCCAAUCAAAUUCUUUAAGUAAUACGGUGGAAAAAUAUCAAGCUAUGCCUGAAAAGACGAUGAACAACUUUAACGAACUUGAUAUGGAGGAUUUGAAUGAUAAAGAAUAUGAACUUGAAUUAGAAAAUGAUAACUUAACAGAUAAAGAGUUAGAAAUAUCAAAUGAAGAACAGGAAUUAGAAAUUGGCACUUGGUCAAAUGACAUGGCAGUGAACGCUAUUGAUUGCGAAACGAAUGACUUGAAGUCAUUUCCAGUGAAUGUAACUGUUUUACCAAAUAAUUUCAACUGGAGCGACAUUCGAUACGGUUCUCCUGCAUGCGAAUCGGACUAUGACGGAUAUGUAUCGGAUGAUAUUUAUAGCGAUGGAUUUGCAGACACAUCCGAUGAAAGUGAAGAUGAAAAUAGAGGAUUACGCAUUUCUUAUAUGGGAGAAAAUGUGGCAGAAGCCAUAGAGGACGAAAAACAAAUAUCUAAACAAGAGAUAAAUAAAAAAAUUUUAGAUUUAUUAGAAACGGAAAAAAAUUUAGACACUUUAUGGUCUUAUACAGAAGAAAAGGAAGAAUCUUUAAUCGCAAAACACAAAUUAACUCACUAUGAAUUUACAAAACUAAGAGAAUGUGAAAUAAUGGAGAAUGGAUCUUUUAUAUCCUGUGAUAACGAAAUAAUAAUUAAAAGGAAAAAUUCAUUUAAUUCACCGUUUGAAGACAAUUCAUCAGAUUAUAGACACAAACCUUAUGUACAAAAUAUUGUUAACAAGUUUACCACAGAAGUAUUAAAUAACAACAACAUUUCACAGCCAGUAAAACAAAAAUCAAACAGUUCCAAAUUUACAUAUCAUCCGAGCAAUAAUCUUUUUAGUUUCGAUUUCCAACCGGAAUUGGAAAAUCAUCCAGGACCAAGUCCCAGUUUAAUUUUGCAAGCUUUGACUAUGUCCAACGCGAAUGAUGGUAUUAAUUUAGAGCGGUUAGAAACUAUUGGAGAUUCUUUUUUAAAAUAUGCCAUAACUACUUAUUUGUAUUGUACUUAUGAUAACAUACAUGAAGGCAAACUGAGUCACUUAAGAUCAAAACAGGUGAGCAAUUUAAAUUUAUACAGAUUAGGAAGGCAGAAAAUGUUGGGUGAGAGUAUGAUAGCGACAAAAUUUGAACCACACGACAACUGGUUGCCACCAUGUUAUUAUGUUCCAAAGGAACUUGAACAAGCACUUAUUAAAUCUGGCAUACCUUCUACCUUAUGGAACCAAGCUGACAUUCCAACUUUACAAGCUGUCAAUCCAAACGAGAUAACUCAACUUGUUCGAGAAACAGAACAGAAAUUGGGUAUCAUGAAAGAUGAACUUGUUAGGAAUGAAGCUAUACUUUCAAACAAUCUAGAUAACUUGCGUUGUUUUAUACCUUACAAUUUAAUUACUCAACAUAGCAUUCCUGAUAAAAGUAUCGCAGACUGUGUGGAAGCAUUGAUUGGAGCCUACUUAAUUGCUUGUGGACCUAGAGGAGCAUUACUUUUCAUGGCUUGGUUAGGGAUUCAUGUUUUACCCAUGGAAGAAAUUUGUAUUGUACAAGAAACUGAACCAGAAGAAAGAAUUCCUGGUAGUACACCAUACGUAAAAGGAACGAACGAUCAGGGUGAAGUAACAUGGAUACAGAUUCGUUAUGGAAAGUUGGAGGAACCACAAAAUCCUCUGCUUCGAUACAUCCCUAAUCCAGAACAGGAAUUAUUGAUGAUGCUCGAUGGAUACGAAGAACUGGAGAAAAAUAUAGGAUAUAAAUUUAAUGAUAUAAGUUACCUGUUGCAAGCAUUUACUCAUGCGUCAUAUCAACCCAAUAAGUUAACAGACUGUUAUCAACGUUUAGAAUUUCUUGGAGAUGCAGUUUUAGAUUAUUUAAUAACAAGGCAUUUGUAUGAAGAUGCUCGACAACAUUCUCCAGGAGCUUUAACGGAUUUGCGAUCAGCUUUAGUUAACAAUACUAUAUUUGCUUCUUUAGCGGUUAGAUGUGGAUUUCAUAAAUAUUUUCGACAUCUUUCUCCGGGUUUAAGCGUUGUAAUAAAUCGUUUUGUUAGAAUUCAAGAAGAAAACGGACAUUCCAUUAGUGAGGAGUAUUAUUUAAUUGGGGAAGAAAAAUGUGAGGAAGCUGAAGACGUGGAAGUACCAAAAGCAUUAGGUGAUGUUUUUGAAUCAUUAGCUGGUGCAAUUUAUUUAGAUAGUGGGAUGUCUUUAGAUGCAGUAUGGAGUGUAUAUUACGUGAUCAUGAAAAAUGAAAUCGAACAAUUCAGCACCAAUGUUCCUAAAUCUCCAAUUAGAGAAUUAUUGGAAUUAGAACCUGAAACAGCGAAAUUCGGGAAACCAGAAAAAUUGGCCGAUGGACAUAGAGUUAGAGUUACAGUGGAUGUUUUUGGCAAAGGGUCCUUCAAAGGAAUUGGAAGAAAUUACAGGAUCGCAAAGUGUACAGCUGCAAAAUGUGCUCUAAAGAAAUUAAAACAAAUGCAAAAUUAUCCAAGAGACAAAGUAUGA